ACCUGGACUCUACGUAGUCUUCGUUGGCUGUGUCUCAAAAUCUUUGCGGCUGUCUACACAGACUGCAUUUUUGGAGAUCACAGACGCUCCAAAAUACUGUCUGUAAACUCAGCGCACUCGGUUUCGAGACAGCCCCUUUGUCCACAUUAAUGUCAUCAUGAUCAGCCCGGAGCUGCGCGGAUCUGAGCGGUGAAACACAGACAGUACCAGACACGAAUGGAGUAUCGGUCCGAUAACGAGCAUUUCCACUCACUCCCGUAGAUGUCACGGCUGGCAUACGUGGAAACACCACUCACUCCCGCUUAUGAGACCAGUUGCAACACGGAAUGACAUGAAACGAGUACCGCUAUUCACCGGAGCUAACUUUUUUUCCCCCAUACUACGGUUUUCUUUUUUUCUUCUCCAGAUCGGCUAGUUUUCUAGCUGCGUGAGCUAACCGUACACCGGGCUGUUUUAAUGUAAUUAUUCACACGCCUUGACCAUCGUACUCAAGGAUCUUUCGGCUCAUGAGGCAUCGACGAACACACUCUCCACGUCCUAAAAACUGGGGUUUGAGGCCGACGCCACUAAAAUGAAGAAACAGUUUAAUCGGAUGAGACAGCUCGCCAAUCAAACAGUCGGCAGAGCGGAGAAAACCGAGGUCCUCAGUGAUGACCUGUUACAGAUUGAGCGCCGUAUGGAGUUGGUGCGAGUCGUUUCGCAUAACACGCACAAAAAAAUGGUUGCGUGUUUGCAGGGGCAGAUAGGCACUGAUGCUGAGAAGAGACAUAAAAAGCUUCCACUAACAGCGCUGUCACAGGCCAUGCAGGAUGGCGGAAACCAGUUGGGGGAGGAGUCUCUGAUUGGGAAAAUGAUGGAGAUGUGCGGAGAUGCCGGGAACAGACUGGCCUCUGAACUAAUGCAGCAUGAGAUGAACAUUGAAAAGGAGAUCUUAGACCCCCUCAAUCAGCUAGCUGAGGUGGACAUUCCUAACAUCCUGAAACAGAGACGGCAGUUAGCCAAACUGGUGCUGGACUAUGACUCUGCCCGAGCGAGGUGGUUGCAGGCGACCAAGUCCAUAAUCUCAGGAACAAACACACAAGCACUGACAGCCAAAGCAGACUCACUUAAAGAAGAAGUCGACGAAGCUAUGAACAAAAUGGAGCUGUGUAAGGAUCAACUUUCGGCAGACAUGUACAAUUUCUUCUCAAAGGAGGCAGACUAUGCCCGCUACUACGUAAUGUUAUUAGAGGCACAAGCAGAUUAUCACAGAAAAUCGCUCACCUUGCUUGAGAGCGUCCUGCCUACCAUUCAAGCUCAACAAGAUUCGUGGACUGAGAAGCCAGCGUUUGGAACGGCUCUGGACGAGCAUCUGAAGCGCAGUGGCAGAGAGAUCGCACUGCCUAUAGAGGCCUGCGUUAUGAUGCUGCUGGAGACUGGAAUGAAAGAAGAGGGUCUCUUCAGAAUAGCUGCAGGAGCCUCUAAACUGAAGAAGCUGAAGGCAGCUCUGGAUUGCUCCACCUCACAGCUGGAGGAGUUCUACUCCGACCCACAUGCCGUUGCUGGGGCAUUAAAGUCGUAUCUCAGAGAGCUGCCUGAACCUUUGAUGACUUACCAGUUGUAUGAUGAGUGGAUCCAGGCAUCCAAUGUCCCUGACCCAGACAAACGGUUACAAGCUUUGUGGGUUACCUGCAAUCAGUUACCAAAAAACAACAAGGCAAACUUCAGGUACCUUGUUAAGUUCCUCGCUAAGCUUGCACAGGAAAGUGACAUUAACAAGAUGACCCCCAGCAACAUUGCCAUUGUCCUUGGACCCAAUCUGCUCUGGGCCAAAACCGAGGGGAGCCUAGCAGAAAUGGCUGCUGCAACCUCUGUGCAUGUAGUUACUAUAAUUGAACCCAUCAUUCAGCACGCAGAUUGGUUUUUCCCUGAGGAUGUGGAUUUUAAUGUGUCCGGCAUGUUUUCUAUGCCUGCACCCCUGCCAAACAACGUCAACCACCUGACCCCGCCAGAUUAUGACUCGGGCACCAUAGAAAGGAAGAGACCUGGCAGCAUGGUGGGCCCAGAUGGUGAAUUGCCCCGGAGAGACAGCUCUGCUAAUAAAUUAAUGGACCACAAUCCUCGUAGAGGCAAUACUGUACCUAGAAAGCAGCACGCUUCGCCUGCCUUCCAGCCCCCGCUGCCCCCUGUGGAGGCUGCAGGUAUUGCAGGGGGUCAGCCCAUGGCUGAACUCCUGCUCCAGCAGCCUGCGCAGGUGGGCCUGGGUUUAGAGAGCUGUCAGCCCGGGCUGGUGCUGGGGAUGGCUGCCCUGGCAGCAGCACAGCAGCUUCUAGCUCAGCAUACUGAGGAGAUCAGUUCAAAGACCCGAGACCCAGCGUCCACUCCUCCAGCUCAGAGAAAUGGCACUGGAGGAUCAGGACAGAUGAAUUUGGGGACCCCUGUGGCUGGAUCUACUGGACCCAGUCCUCACUUGGCACACAGAGGUUCAAAGAAGCCGGCCCCAGCUCCUCCUAAACCAGCCAACCCUCCACCAGGCCAACCAGCCAAUCAGUCAGUACAGCAAGCUUCUUCAGGCACCCCCCAGUCCCUCAGCCCCUCCCCUAGACCGCUUUCUAGUUACUCUCCGACCAAUCUGAGCUCCACACAACCACUGGGUCAAACCAGCAUGACCCAUCGUCGCAACCCGAGCAACCAGCCCCCUAUUCAGGCACCCAACCAUCCGCCCCCCCAGCCUCCCACACAGGCCACGCCCCCUCCCCAACCCAGUGCUCCAGCUGACCCUGGAGAAGACCCCUCCCCUCCCAGCACUCCCACUCCACCGAGCACCCCUCCGCCCAUGGUAGUGUUCCACGACAGUCCCAGUCCCACCGCCCCCCCAGUGUUCCAGUCAGGGUCGCUUCCUCGCCCGAGGCCUGUGCCUAAACCACGUAACAGACCUACUGUCCCCCCUCCGCCCCAGCCUCCAGCCACAGGAAGCGACAGCAAUGGAAUUUGCAGUGCUGCCUUCAAAACAAUGGAUUCGGGAAUGACAUUUAAACCACUGGGUCGAGCUCUUGUUCCUGAUAUCACCGUUGAGAAGCCUGUUACCCAACUCAAGGACAUAGACCUUGACACAGAGAGCACCGUCCUGUAAAAACGGCCUUGACCCCAAACACACUUUCCCUUAACCAAAAGUUUGCUAAAGGGCUGCUCUUCUCACCUUUACCAAAGUGUUUAUCAUCUUUGCUGUACUUCCCGAAUACACUAUACUUAAGAUGAUCAACAGUCCCAGCGUGCACCAGGGAAAUGAUGUUGGACGUUUAUUUUAACAUGCCUUUUCGUGAUGGCAGCAAAAAAAAAAAAGACCUGUAUUGCAUGAGAAACUGAGUUGAGAAACAAGAAACUCAUUUGUUUGUUACAUGGAGGUGAGUCUUAAGUGGCCUUAGCUAAACAAAGCAAUUACUCGAUUUAAAAAGUGGAAGAUGCUUAAAAAAGGAAAGAAAGAAAAACUGUGGCUUUAUGACGAUCUUGCGACUGCAGGUCUCCUGUCAUCUAAUACAGUACAAAUACAGUACAUUCCUCUUUUUUUUCAUUUGUAAAGCCUUACGUUUCCAGUUUGGAAACUAGUUUCAUUCAAAAAAUUGGUCAGAUGAUUAGUUGUCUGUCUUUCACAGCUAAUGGUUUCAGAAUUUUGGGGCAUUAAUAUGACUGGACCUCAGCUAUGUGUAACAGUAAUCCUGAUUGGUUCAUAUGUGAGAAAGGUCAUUUGCUAUUGGACAUUUGAUUGUGAAAAUUAGAAGUGUUCAGCUGUCAGUUUAUGUUAUGUAAAAGGUCAAAAUAUGUGCUUUAGUGAUAUUCUGGUAUAAAAAACUUUGUUAUGGCUUUGUUUGUAUGUUUACCAGGCCUUGACAAUGAUAGCUUUGUAUUUACCUCCUUUUACCUCUGAUAUGGUACCAAAGUGGGGAAAUAUGUGCCACUUGGAUGUUAGACUUACUGUAUAAUAGCUAAGAGGAGGUAUAAUUGCUUACAUUUUCCACUCCUUGUCCCGUAUUAUAUAAACUCUUGAUCGUAAUUAUUGAAUUAAGUUGUUUUGUUGAUAUUUCUGCCAAAACACAAGAAUGAACCCCAGUAGUGAUAAUUAUCGGCCUGUCUGCCUUCACGACGUUGCACACCGGUAAGGCAUCGUUCAUCUUCGGAACACAAAUGGAGAUAUUUUUGAUGAAAUCAGAGAGCUAUCUGACCUUCCAUAGACAGCAAAGCAACUGAAAUAUUCCUAGGUACAGAAACGUAGUAAAAACAUCGGUAACACAGUCCAUGUGACAUCAAUGGCUCGACAGUUUUGUGAUGCUACAACUCUUUUUUUUGUACAAAGAAAACAACAACAUAAUUUACUUAACCAUUCUUCUCCCCCGAGUUACUUCUUUGACUAUUUUGGAGAGUACCCAAAGAACGCAUUGGACAUAAACAGCAUUGUUUACGCUCUGGGGGAAAGCGUGAGUAUGCAUUAUUGUACUACUUUCUAAAAUGGUGGAAGUAGUUUGUAAAUUUUUAUUUUUGUUUUCUUUGCACACAAAAAAGGUAUUCUUGUAGCAUUGCAAAACUGAGGUCGAGCCACUGAUGUCACGUUUCUGGACCUGGAAAUAUUUCAGUUGCAUUGCUCUCAAUGGAAGGUCAGAUAGCUCUCCGAUUUCAUCAAAAAUCUUCAUUUGUGUUCUGAAGAUGAACGAAGGUUUUAGGGGGGUAAUUGAUGACAUAAUUUUCAUUUUGGGGUGAACUAACCCUUUAAUGAUCAACACGAUCAGACAUUAUCUAGUGUGAACCGCUUGCUGAACAGAUCCAUGGUGACACUGCUUCAUCCUCUUCCUCAAAAACAUUCGGAACAUGAUUCUGAUUGAUGUGGGAGAGAAAAAUGUAAGUGAUCAUGCGCACUGUCAGCUUUUCUUUAUCCAUUUUCCUUGCUUUUACCAUGCUGCCUUACCCAAGUACACUUACAGGAGCUAUUUUACCAAGGUUUGGAGAGUACACGGACUUCACGCUUAUGAAACGAAAAGUUGAUGGUGCAUUUGAAGUUUAGAGCAUUCACGUCGGAAGACAACAUCUUGAUUGAAUUUGGAACGCGACAAAAAGUGCUUUGUAUUACUGCUUCAAAGUGAAAUAAAAAAGUUUCAACAGUU